GUUUAUCAUCAAUACCGCCCGAAUCAUUCCGUCCUUCAUCGACAACUUCCAUCUCUAUCAUAGCAUUUUGAGAAAAGAACAUGUCACUCACAAAAGAUGGUUCCGUAGCUGUGACCAUUCUCCAAGCAAUCAUCUUCAUUCAAUUCGGCUUGUGCGUUGCGAUCACAAUUCUGACAACCGUCGGAAUCUCAUUUGGGUAUCCGGUGGCUUCUCAUUACCUUAUGGCUCUUCUUCAGGCAUUGGUGGCAAUUCCGGGAAUUGUGUACAUUGUGACACAGACAAACAUCUGGGUGGCAGUCUACAUCAGCUUCCAAGUGGUAACCGCCGCGUGUGAAGUCUACUGGCUCGUCUACUUGAUCUUCGACAAUCAACCCGCUGGAUCUUGGAUCGCACUUGCAAUUAUCACAGCCGUCAACAUUUUGGCAGCUGUUGUCGGUGUGUGGUUCCGCAAAACUGCUUUGAACCUUCCAUGCCUUGAUAAGAAAACGAAAAAGGCUGGUGAUGCGAAGAAGGAGAAGCCCAAAAUGAAGGCCCCAUCAACUUCAAUGAGUGAUAUUGAGAAAAGUAAAUCCAGAGCUGCCUCCAAAUCCAACUCGUCUUCUUCCAUCAAAUCGAUCAAAAAGUCUCCAACUGAAAAGUCGGAAAACACUGAUAGAUCUUCAAAGGGUAGUCUGAAAAUCAGAAAGAACAAGAACAGCAAGUCAGUGUCAAUGCCUUUGGAUAGCCGUGAAACCACUUCCAUCACCUUCAAGACAAGCAAUGUCAGCGAGGAUUAGGUUUCAAGGGAAAGUCUGGUCUCGUCGAGAAUAUCAUUUCUGUUUUGGUUGUAAAUGAGUAAAGUGAUUUUUAUUUAAUAAUUACAUCGUUAUCGAAGCAUUUAAACUGACUCAUGAAACAUGUAUAUUUC